UCUGGAAUCUAAAAAAAUCACAAUAUUGAAAAAAAAAUUCAUUGUCUUUAAAGUUGUCCAAAUGAAGUCCUUAGCAUUACUAAUAAAACAAAAACACAAACAUUUUAAGUGAUUUUGGCACUAGUGAUUUUGAACAUAAACGAAAAAUAAUUUUGAAACAUUCAAUGUGUGGUCCAGGAUCCCAGAUAGUUUUGUUUUGGUUUAUAUUUAAUUCGCUUUUUUUAUUUCAAGCUUUAUUGCUUCGUCUCGACUUCAAAACUUCCGAACGUGAGCGUUCACAACUUGUAGUCAAGGCAACGGACGCAAACGGACGGAGCUUGAGCUCUGAUUGGUCGCCGUCUCUCUGACUAUCUUGACUGACAGUUCAAUGCUGUGCUGUGAUUGGUCAAUGUCGAUGUUUAUCCCUCCGGGUAAAGAGCUUUAACGUGUUGAGAUUUACUUCAACACACUCGUUUUCAUUUGCCAGAACCGCUACAAGAGGUAACGCAAGCUAACUUAAACAAACAAUGCUUUGUAUUCUGCGUUGUCUUUCAUGAAAGCAGAAUGUAAUUGCAGGUUUUAUCAAUGCGAGAUUUAUAUUUAAUGUGAAUGAUUUUACGUGCCGGUGUACAAAUAUCAGUACAAAGCAUACUACUUUUAGUCCGUGUCGUGGCUUGCAGCAUUUAUCAGUAAUCAUUGAAAUGUUAAAAUAUAAUAUAAUUUAUACGUUAUGCUUUUAAAAAGGAACUCAGGCGUAAUUGUUGCACGCAUUUUCAGUGACGUGCAAGCGUAGUAUCUCUGUUGCCAUGACAACCUCUCGGCGUCGUGGUUUAUUUUUUAUACAUCUAGCUUAAAACUUGUUUUUAGUGUGUCGAAUCAAGACGUUUCGGUAUUAACAUGCUUUAUCAAAAUGUAUAACUUUACAAAAUACAUGUUUUCAUUCAUAGACCCAAACAAGAGCACAAACUAAUGACUGCUGAAAGAUUAGUCAACUGAGCACAGGAUGUUCCAAAGAUGCCAUUUUCACUUUGUUUCAUAAAAGUUUUAAUGUUAUAUUAGAUUGUAGUAACACAUUGGAUCCAACGGGUGGCACCAGAAACCGUCAAAACGAGAGGUUUAGGCGAGCUGUAGGCCAUAAAAUGUACCUGAAAUGUACCUCUCCUCACAUUUUCCUUACAUUUACUUGAACAGUUGUAGAUCAUUUCUCUAUUUGUCAAUAUUGUGAUGUAGCUCACGAGGCCGAGGCGCUGAGAAGGAUGCUGAGGGCUCGCCGCUCCACCAGCCCUGUCAAGGGGGCAUCUACCCAGCGCAGUCCCACCAGACACUCCCCUGUUAAAGGUGGCACGUACGAUUCAGAGCUAAUGAGGGUGUUACGAGAAAGAGAUGAACUGCAGAACAUGUUGGAGAAGCACGAGCGGCACCUCUCAGAGAUCCAGGGCAACGUUAAAGUGCUCACAGCCGAACGGGACAAGACCAGAAUGCACUACCAGCAGGCUCAAGAGGAGAUAGCGGCUCUACGUCGGGAGGUCAUGAUGUCAAAGGCUGCGCGAGGGCCCAAGAGCAGCGUAACCGCACAGAGCAUCCUAAAACGGGUGGAGGCCGAGCGAGACGAGGCCACAGCAGACCUCAACUGCAUGACCACAGAGAGAGACAGCCUGAGAGAGCGACUCAAGAUCUCUCAGGAGACAGCCAUCAGCGAGAGAGCUCACCUGGAGCAGAGGGUGGAGGACCUGCAGGCUGCUGUACUAACACUGGAGCAGGAGCGAGGGGAACAGAGAAGCAGGCACGCUCAAAUGAGGGAGACCGCGAUGGGUCUGGAGGAGGAAGUUCAAGUACUUGGGCGAAAACUCAGUGCCAGCGAAGAAGAGCUCAGCCGCCUCAGAAAUGAGUGCAGCAGCCUCAGACUGGCAAAUAAUCAGCUGGAAAUCUCUCUGAGUGAGAAUCAGCGAAGACUAACCAGCAGGAUUGGAGAGCUACAAAACGCUCACGAGAGAAAUAAAAUGCUGGACGAAAAGAACGACUCUCUCCUGAGGCAGGUGACUGCUACGCAAGAGGAAGUGAACGCGCUGCGGUGCACGGUCUCAGAGCUGGACCAGCACAGGGACUCACUGCAGGAACAACUGGAGAGAAAAAAAGAUCUGCUCAGCACAGCGAGUGAUGAGCUGGAUGAAAACGAGAAAACCAUUAGGAGCUUAAAACUGAGAAUCGAGGACCUUGAGACAACUCUAAUAACUCUGAGGGAGAACAUAGCUGGCAGAGAAAGAGAGCUGGAUGUAUUGAGGAGGAAGCUGUCUGACUCUGAAAGCGAGAUGGGCACAGCGAUGAAAGCCAAAGAUGCCACACUACAAGAGAACAUUCAGCUCAGGGACGACCUUGAAAAAGCACGCCUGGAAAUUCAGAAUCGACAGCUCAAGCUGGAUGAAGCUAAUGAGGAAAUAGAAGACUUGCAGACAAAAGUAGAAGUUCACAUUGCCGACAUCUCCCGCACUGAAGAUCUGUUGUCUGUUAAGGAGCGCGAGUGCAGAGAACUCCAAGAGUCUCGAAGGAAAGUGUCUCUUCAGAUGGAAAGCUGGGAGGAACAGGCCAGACACGCUGAAACCACUGUCAUCGAACUCCGUCUCGAGCUUCACAACUCUAACUUAGAGAUACUCCGACUCAAAGAAAGAGCGGACAGCCUGGAGAGCAGCCUGCAACAGGCGCUGAGUGCAGAGCGGAGUUGUACUGGUCAGCUGUCUCAGCUGAACCGAAAGAUGAUUCACAUGGAGGAAGAUCUUCGCCAGGCCCAGACCGAGCGUGCACAGGUGCAGACUGACCUGGAAAAAACACGGGAGCUCUGCGUCAAACUGGAUGCCAGCAAAGAAGCUGUGCAGCGAGAGCUGGAAUCGUGCCGCUCUGAGAUCGAGCUGUUACAGAAGCAGCUGAGCGGCGAACGUCUGUCUGUUCAGACUUUGGAGAGCUUGCUGGUGUCUUCAAGAGAAAAGGAGCUACAGAGGCAGCUCAGCUCUCAGGAAAGACAGACUGAAAUACAAAUUCUCAAGGACAAACUCAGCAUGGCCGACAGCAAAGUGAGUUCACAGAGUAGGGAAAUGGCUCAGCUGAGGACACGAUCAUCCCAGCUGGAGGCGAAUCUUGAGAUGACCAAGAGAUGCCUGGCCACUGAACGCUUUGAAAGGGAGCGUGCGGCACAGGAGCUGCGCAGACAAGGGCUCUCAGCUAUUUCUCCUGUCCUCUCCUCCACUAUGCGCUCCUCAUCCACUUCCCGUCAUCGCUCGCUGAGUCCUCACAGAUCGUGGUCUCCGGAGCGCUCUCAUCACAGCACACCCGACCCACCUCUUGUGUCACAUUACCCUGACAUGAGUCUGACUUUCAGGGACCUUUAUGACUGAAUCAUCUCAAUACUCUAAUGAUUCUGAAGACAGCCAGUAGACUCAUAUAAGAUUUUACAAGAUUUACCGUGACAUUGCUCAUGUAUUUCAAUAAAUCAAAUGUUUAUUGUGA